AUGACCAAACAAUCCGGAGAGCCUUAUGUUUCACUUGAGAUCGAAAGUGAACGUGGAGAAGUUUCUCAAACAUGUGAACUACCUGUUGAGGGAGACCCUACGGUUGUUGGUCCUGUUACUCCUGUUUCCGGCACCGACGCAAAAAACAAAUGUAUGGCCUGGUGUAAUCUAGCUGGUGGGUAUGGGGUCCGUCCCCAUACCCGUCUCGGAUCGUCGCCGGCAGCAAAGCAUCCCGCCCCCUCCCGUCACCGUCUUCCACGUCGAGCUUUGGACGUUCAAGACGGUCCAAUCUGGUGGGCCCCCUUUGUUUUUGAUGGUUUCGAUCUUUCUCCUUCAGAUUGCAAUCCGAUCCGGAUUCGUGCGUCCAAUACAAUCGAUGAUCAUCAAGAUAAUCAGCAGCCCGAUUUAGAAGAUCAGUUUGACGACUACAAUGAUGCAGAGCACGACAUGUUAUUUGGGCAGUUUGCAGAUAAUGUUGAUUCGGCUUUGGUUCAACCGCCUGCUUCCGAAAGGGCGGUUGAUGAUCUUUUGAUCAUGAAGAUAACAAUGCGCAUUGUGCUGUCUGGAAGGAUGAAAUUGGUGUAG